AUGAGCCUUACGAAGACGCUCUUUCUCAGUCUCCUUUUUGGCUCGCUUUAUGUGUUGGCACAAGAAGAGCCUUAUGUGGAUCCCAAGGAUGAUCCUAGAACCGUCACACUUAAAUACAUCCCUAACAAGCCUGUAGCUGUCGCUUUCGGAAUCUUAUAUCUCGCUGUGGCAGGGGGAUGGAGCGUUUUCUACGCUGUCGGACUCUUUUUGAGACUGGCGUUUGCCGCGGACACACACAACCUGGGUAUGUUCAUAUGCAUGAACACGAUUGUUGUCCUAUCUCCUUGUGCCUUUAUCGCUACCGUAUAUAUGCUACUUGGUCGAUUGGCUUUACAUUUGGAUGCCGACGAGUACCUGCUGGUCAAAGCGAGGAUCAUUACAAAGCUUUUCUUGACAUCAGAUAUUAUCACUCUUCUUAUUCAGGCAACUGGAGGCGCGAUGGUGACAAACCAGGAUCUUAGUGAAAUCGUUGGACUCAUAAUCCAGCUUAUUUCUUUCAUCUUCUACAUGGCCGUCUACGCUGUUUUUAUUUAUCGAAUGAUGGUCAAUAGACCCGAAGAAUGCUUCUUCCCGCGUAAUAAGGCAGGGUUCUUCACUCAUUGGACAGCAUUGGCCGGAUCAUUGACAGUUAGCUGCAUAGGGAUCCUGAUCCGCUCUGUGUUUCGAACGAUUGAGCAUAGUCAAGGGUACGGUGGCCAUCUCGCUACAACUGAAUCAUACUUCUACGUGCUUGAUGCACUGCCAUUGUUUAUCGGCAUUCUGUAA